CCCCGCCCUCUGCUGCUGCUGCUGCUGUUUCUUUCAGGGCGAUUUGAACGAGCGCGCUUCCGCCAUCUUCCCUCACAAGCCCGCUCGCUUCCCUGGAGUAGCAGCGGCAGCCGCGAGCGGAGAAAGAAGGAAGGCAGGCAAGCAGCGGACGAGACGCCCCGAGAAGACACAGCAUGGCCGCCCCACAAGGAGAACCACAAGUGCAGUUUAAGCUUGUUUUGGUUGGUGACGGUGGCACUGGUAAAACAACAUUUGUGAAACGCCACUUGACUGGUGAAUUUGAGAAGAAGUAUGUAGCUACUUUGGGAGUCGAAGUCCAUCCUCUGGUGUUCCACACUAACAGAGGUCCCAUUAAAUUUAAUGUAUGGGAUACAGCUGGUCAAGAAAAGUUUGGAGGUCUGCGAGAUGGUUACUACAUUCAAGCUCAGUGUGCUAUCAUAAUGUUUGAUGUAACAUCAAGGGUUACAUACAAGAACGUACCAAACUGGCAUAGAGAUCUGGUACGAGUUUGCGAGAACAUCCCCAUAGUUUUGUGUGGCAACAAAGUGGACAUCAAGGACAGGAAAGUCAAAGCAAAGUCCAUUGUCUUUCACAGGAAGAAGAAUCUGCAGUACUACGACAUUUCAGCCAAGAGCAACUACAACUUUGAGAAGCCCUUCCUUUGGCUGGCGAGAAAGCUCAUUGGCGAUCCCAACCUGGAAUUUGUGGCCAUGCCUGCUCUUGCGCCCCCAGAGGUCGUUAUGGAUCCAGCGUUGGCAGCACAGUACGAGCAAGAUUUACAGAUUGCUCAGACCACUGCACUGCCAGACGAAGAUGAUGACCUGUGAGGGAGGCGAAGCUGGAGCCCAGCGUCAGAAGUCUAGUUUUAUAGGCAACUGUCCUGUGAUGUCAGUGGUGCAGCGUGUUUGCCACUUUAUUAUUCUAGCUGAGCAGAACAUGUGCUUUAAUCUUUGGGAUGCUGAAAGAGAGAAUGGGGGUUUGGCGUGUGAAUGUGGCAGUUGAAAUAAAAUUCCUUCAUUUUUGGACCUGCAUAUUUAGCUGUUUUGGACUGCAAAUUUACUCCACAUUUGAGUUACAAAUCUGACUGCUGCAGUCUCAUCACAGUAUUCAGUGGUAAAUCUUGUUUGUUACUGUCAUUCCCAUUCCUUUUUGUUUAGAGCAUAAUAAAGUUGUAUUUCAAAUACCCAA